GAACCCCACAAUACAACCACAACAACUAGAGGAAGAAAAAAAAAUAGAGAAAAAAUGAAGCAAUAUGUGCUGGUUCACGGCGGUUGCCAUGGCGCGUGGUGCUGGUACAAGGUCAAACCGGUGCUGGAAGCUUCAGGACACCGUGUGACUGUCGUGGAUCUAACGGCUUCUGGUGUCAACAUGAGCAGAGUGGAAGAGAUUCAGUCUCUUGAGGAUUACACCAAACCGUUGCUUAAGGUUCUCGAGUCUUUUGGCUCAGAUGAUAAAGCCAUCCUCGUAGCUCAUAGCCUGGGAGGACCAUCGGUUGGUCUUGCAGCCGACAUGUUUCCUAGUAAAAUCGCCGUUGCUGUUUUUGUAACGUCGUUCAUGCCGGACAUAACGAAUCCACCUUCUUACACUUUUGAAAAGUGUCUAGAGAGUUUUACGGAAGAAGAAAGUUCAAACAUGGAGUUUGGGACAUACGGAACACAUGAACGUCCUCUAACGUCUGUAUUUCUUGGAACCAAGUUCUUGGCCAAGUACAUGUACCAACUUUCACCUGUUGAAGAUUUUGAGCUGGCCAAAAUGUUGGUGAGAGUUGGACCGGCAAUUACCAGUAACCUGACGGGGACCAAAAGCUUAACCGAGGAAGGAUAUGGUUCGGUUGCUCGUGUGUAUGUCACAUGCGGAGAAGAUAAAAGUUUAACCAAAGAAUUUCAGCGAUGGAUUAUAGAGAAUUUUCCGGUUAAAGAAGUGAUGGAGAUCAAAGAUGCAGAUCAUAUGCCAAUGUUCUCCAAGCCACUUGAGCUCUGUGACUGCCUAUUCAAGAUUGCUGAUAAAUAUGCAUAAGCAAACCUGAGAAUAAUAUCAUUAUUGUCAUUAUAUUUAGUUUAAAAUAAAAUAAAAUUCCACCACCAUGAUAGACUACACGAUCAUGGGAUGGAUGAUCAUAUGAAUAAGAUUACUACAACAAAAACAUUUUCCAAAUGAUAUGAGUAAGAUGAUACACUUUUGUGCCC